CUCCUCUUCCUCCUGCACGGCCUUUCAAAAUCUCAAUGACCGCCCCAUUAUAACAGACAAUGUUGCACACUGACCCUAGCACUUAGCGGAGAGGCACCACAUUCACAGCUUCAGCUCCAGCAUCAGAUCCAAACACACACAGAUCGGGUCAGUUUGUGCGCGAGCUCCGGAUCAAACUAAUGGACUUAUAGCCGAGUAACGGAGAGAGAGAGCGCGCGCAUCUGUGAGGAAAGGCUGAUGGAUGGAGCGAGGGACCAGUAUGAGGAACGAUUGAAAGAGGUGUUUGAGAGUUUUGAUGGCAGUGGAUUGGGCUCUCUGAGUCCUGAAGAACUGACCGAUCUCUGCCGGGCCCUUCAGCUGGAGGAGAACACACUGAACACACUCUUACACACACUGCUGGAGGACCAGAUCCAUGCACGGGUUGAUUUUGAACAGUUUAAGGAUGCUCUGAUCCUUGUGUUAUCAAGCACAAACACAAGCGAUCCAGAAGAAUGUCUUGAACGACCAGAUUCCCCAGAAGUCCAGCCGCGAUUUGUAAAGGGCAGUAAGCGCUAUGGCCGACGCUCUGCUCCAGAGUUCAUUCAUACACAGACUGAUUCACACACACUGGCUGAAGAUGAGGAGCAGAAGGAUGAAGAUGCUCAAGAGAGCGAUGACAGGACUGUACCCAGGAAACGUGAGCGCUGGAAUGCUGACAUAAGCAUUUCUGAAGAGUUUGAAGCAGAAGGUCAGCUCCACCUCUGGAACCCAGAUGAACCCAGCACACCACGUGGCAAUGCAGUGCCACUCUGUGACCUGGAGGAGCGUCUGCAUAACGCUUGCCAUCAGCUCUCUCUGCCCAUAAACGGCACGGCCACACUGCAACAGCUACACACACUCUGCCAGCACAUAGGCAUUGAGGUGGGCGAGGAUCAGUUGCAGUGUGCUGAUGAAAACGCAAUGGAUGUACAGGAGUUCAUCUCAUACAUAAUAAAUCACAGCAAACCACCAACACCGUCAGCAUCUACACCCUACAGACAAUUAAAGAGACUCCAUUCCACUCAGUUUGAUGAGUCGGGCCGUAGGAUCUCAUGUGCUUUGAGCAGUACAAUCAGUCUGCGGGUGUUUUCAGAUUUAGAUGAUGGAUCGGGACACGCUCCUGUGGAAUCUCUGCUUUACAGGUGGAUGGAAGAGGGAGUGGACAAAAGCUCAGAGAUCUUACAGGCUCUGGAUUUUAAUGUGGAAGGUAAAGUGAAUCUGUCAGAGCUGACCGUUGCUUUAGAGAAUGAGCUGCUGUGCACUAAGAACUCCAUCCACCAGGCGGCGCUAGUGAGCUUUAAGGCGGAAAUCAGACAUCUGCUUGAGUGUGUUGACCUGGAAAGGCGUGAGAAGGAAAGGAUUCGCUUUGAUCUGGAAAAAGCAGAGAAACUGAAAUCUCAGCUGGCGUCUGAAGUCGACGACCACCAUGCUGCCAUUGAGCGAAAUAACGAGCUCAACCUCCGGAAGUUGGAGCAGCAAUAUAAAGACAGUAUGACCACACUGAGGGCAGAGUUUAGUAAAGAGGUGGAGCUUGUGCAUCAGCAGGCCAAUCAGCAGCGAGAUGAGCUUGAACAGGAAAUUGGCAAGAUGAGAGAUGAUGAAACCUUCCUACGAGAGCGUCUAUCUCUCACCAUUAAAGAAAAUGGUCGUCUGGAGUCAGAGCUUAUUGAGACCACAGAGAAACUGGUGGAGGCAGAAAACCAGUUGAACAAAGUGCAAAAAAAUCUGGAUGGGGUUUUGAAAGAGAAGUUUGGUGAUUUGGAUCCAGACAGUGCAGAGUUUUACCAGCAGGAGGAGCGUCUGAGACAGCUGCGCAGGAGCUACGAGGAGCAGUGCAGGGAGUUGCAGGAUCGUAUAGAUGAGCUGGAAGCUCAGCUGGAGGAAUAUCAGACUUCUGGCCUCACACCCUCAACACGUCCCGGACUGAGCCUGUCUGAUGAACUGGCCAGCAAGAGUCCAGACCCAGGUUCUCAGGAGCAGCAGCCAUUAAACAUGAGUCUAGAGACCGAGAUGUUACUGGAGCAGCACCAACGAGAGAUAGAAAACAUCAGGGCAAUGGUUUAUGAAGAAAAACGCAGCGCAGAGGAGGAGAGGAGACAUCUCUACCUGCAGCACCAACAGGAGGUGCAGGUUUUGAGAGAAGAGCUGGCAAGAGAACAAGAGAGCGUGAACCGAUUGGAGCAGGACAUUUCUGCCCUCAAAACUCUCCACCAACAGGAGCUUCACUCUCUCACGCAGGAGGCGCAGGACGCUAGAAGCCAUGCAGAGCAGCUGGAAGCAAAGGUGAAUGUUUUGGAGGAAAAACAGUCUGCCUAUGAGGAGCGGAUCAGAGUGCAAGCUGAGGAGGUGAAUCUGAUGGAAUUAAAGCACCAGGAGGUGCUGGAGGCCAAUCUGCAGGAGCAGAGAGAAAGACUGCAAGAAGAGAAGGAAAAGGUAGAGAAGAGGCUCAAGGAGCAGUGGAAAGAAGAGCAAAAGAGCCAUGAGGAGGUGCUAAGUGCUCCGCUUGAGGAGAUGCAGCAUAAAACAGAACAGGAGUGUGUUGAGCUGGAAAAGAGGCUCAGGGAGGAGUGGGAGUGGGAGAGGCAGGAUUUAGAGGAGAACAGUAAGGAGGCAUUGCAAGCUUUGCUGGAGGAGAGAGAGCGGAUGCUCAAGGAGGAAUGGGAGCGGGAGAGGCGGGAGCUAGAGGAGACCAGUAAGGAGGCACUGAAGGCCUUGCUUGAGGAGAGGUUGGAGAGGGAGAGGAGCCUCAGGAAACAAUGGGAUGAGGAGCGGGAUUCGUUAGAGAACAAACAUCACACUUUGCUCCUACAGCGUUUGGAGGAGGAGAGGGAACACCUUCGCUCACAGCAGGAGGAGACCGAGAGCAUAAUAAUGGAGCAUUGGGGGAGAGAGCGGGCUCAGCUGGAGAAACAGCAUGAGGGGGCACUUCAAGCCUGUUUGGAGCAGGAGAGAGAGAGACUGCAAGGAGAGAGAGAGGAGCAGGAGAGGAGGUGGCAGCAGGUGCUGAACGAGGCGCAGAGUCAGAUGGAGGUGGCGCACAGGGAGGCCAUGCAGGAGCUGAGUGCCAAACACAGGGAGGAGAGAGAAAGACUCAGCAGCCUUUUGGAGAAACUACGCUCCGAUAUUGCUGAACAGAGGAGUGAAGUUUGUCGACUGGCUAAAGAGAACAUCAUUCUGAGGCACAAGAUCUCCACAGUAAGAGAGGAGGACUUGAGAGAGAACCAGGAUGACCUGCGAUUACAUCACAUCAAGCAAGGGAAGAGAUCAGUACAAGCUCUUAGGAGACAGCUCUCUGAGCCUCGCCGCCUGGGACAGCAGCUGGAGGAGGAUCAUUUUUUAUUACAGCAGAAUGCAGAUCAUGUACUUCGACAUGCGCUCCAGGAAAUGAUACGUCAACAUGACAGCUCAGCCAAUGAGAAGAAUGGGUUGUGUGAUCGGGAGGAGAUGGUAUCCAGAACAGAAAAGGAACUGCUUAGAUCGGAACUCAAUCGGUGCAUAGAAAAGGUCAUGCCACUGGAUUCAUCUUUACAGACAGUCACUCAGCAGAAUGCUCAUCUCAAAUCUGACCUACGCAUCACACAGCAAGAAAGAGAUGCCCUUAAACAGGAACUGAUUUCUUUGCACAAACAAUUGCAAGCUGCCAAGGAGAAGCAGUUGUUGGAGGUUUCCGUUGUGUCUGCUGGUCAGGAACAAGGGAGGCAUGUGUGGGUGGGGCUUUCUGAGCUGAUGGAGGCGGAGCAAGCCUCACUUACAGAGGAGAACCUGCAACUCAAGCGACAGAUGAGCGAGAUGAGCUCAGAGCUGCAGUCGUCAAAGGAGCAGAUCUGCCAGCUGGAGACAUUAAGUUUGAAACAGAGAGGACUUGUAAAAACUGCAGAACAAGAAAAAUCAGCCUUGAAACGUCAAAUGGAGGCUCUGCGUGUACAGCUACUGUCCACAAGGAAUAAGGCUCAGCUGGCUGCAGUCUUGCCUUCAUCUCCUCUACAUUUGCCAGGGGAACAGAGAGGACAGUACCAUAGCGACGGCCCAGACUUCAACAUGCAGCAGGACGAGCGGGAGGUGGUGCUGUUACAGAUGGAGGAGAGAAUGAGAGAAGUGGAGCUCACGCUCAGAAACCUUAAGCUGCUGCUACAGGAGAAAGUCUCUCAGCUGAAAGAACAGGCGAUCAGGAACAGCGAAUCAGAUGUGUUGAUCAAAGACCUGUAUGUGGAGAAUGCUCAGCUGCUCAAAGCCUUGGAUAAGACAGAACAACGUCAGAAAGUAGCAGAAAAGAAGAACUUCCUCCUGGAGGAGAAAAUUUCCAGCCUCAAUAAGAUUGUCCGUGACCUCGGCCCUUCACCAAUGACUCCUGCACCCUACCACUUCACACGCUCCUGAUUUUAAACUGUAUUACACAUGAUUUUAGUCAUAUAAGGCAUUCCAGUAUGAUUUUCCUCUGAGAAACAUGGUAGCAGGAUGUCUGAGCUGCUUUUUAAACAACGUCAAGCUCCAAAAAAAACCUAAGUAGUCCAUAUGACUUGUGCACUAUAUUCUAAGUCUCUGAAGCCAAACAAAAUAAUUUUGUACUGAACAGACUGAAAUUAAGUUUUAUUUAGGCUACUGAAAGUCCUCCCCUCUGCCAUAGAUCCCAAAUCUCAUUCCCAUUCAUUUUCAUUUCUGGGUGAAUGUUUCCUUUAUGUUUGAGUGCUUUUAACGGUUUCAUUUUAUAGCUGAUUCUUUUGAAUAAGCCAUACUGUGCUAUUACUGGUGAGUCUGGACCUCAAACUGAAACUGGAAGUUGGUCUUAAGCAAUGAUGAAAUUCCUUAGAUCUAGAGAAGCUUGUCCAACAGCUGAGGCCCCCGUGUUCACACACACGCAUGCACGCGCAACCGCCUAUCAUUACAUAGUAUUAUUGAAAUGCAAACAAAAUCACUGAUUCCCUGCAUCUCAGAUAAGGAAAUUAAAGGGCAAAUGAAACAGUGUUUCUUCACAGUUUUUUCCUGUUUGUUCUAGUGCAUAUUAUGUCUUUGUGAUUGUUUAGUUAAUAUAAACACUUUUCACUUGAGAAUGUGCGCCAGAAAACAUCCCAUAAUGUUACUUUAGUUUGUAUUUAUUUUGUGUACCUAUUUUUCAUUUAUGAACUGUAAUCAUGUAUUAUGAGCACUGUGAAUAUGAAUAAUACGGAGUACAUUAAAAUAUUUAUGUGGAGUAAAAGAAACUCAGAGCUCGGAGAUGUCAGCCUUGUGGUAACCAAUGUGUAAUUUGUGUGUGGAGAGGAAAAUGACUGGUUAUGAUGUUUCAUUUCAGGCGUCUCUGAAGGAGUACGGUUUACAAGCUUUGAUGCUUUGGGGAAAAAAAUGCACAGAGAAUUGCAGGCAUUUAACAUUUUGAAAUUGCUUUAAAAUAUGUGUCCUUGUGUUUUUAGUAUUGUAGCAGAUUUAGGUUAAGUAUAAGUAAGUAUAAGAGUAAGUAUAAGAUAUGCUUUUCCAUUAUUUAUGAAAAUGAUGUUAACUGGCCCUUGAAGUUUUGAUUGUAUAACACUUGGAUGUAAAACACAUUAAACAUUCUUUUUUUAUAUAAAAAAA